AUGAACUCUGAUAAGAUAAGCAAUUUACCUGAUUCGUUGCUAUGUCAGAUACUCUCUGACCUCACCACGAAGGAAUCAGUUUCCACCAGCGGUUUAUCGAAACGAUGGAGAAACCUCUGGUUACAUGUCCCUGCAUUGGACAUGGAUUCAAAUAAGUUCCAAGACGAUGCCGUUUUCCUGAGUUUCGUAGAUAGGUUUCUCGGAUCUGGCAAUGAGCAACACUUGAAUAGAUUCAAGCUGAUCUAUGAGGUUUAUGAGCAUGAUGAUGCUCGUUUCAAGUCUUGGAUCAAUGCUGUGGUUAGGCGUAGAAUCUGUCAUCUUAAUGUUCGUAACGAGGUUGAUGAUGAUGAAAAAUUGGUUAAGAUGCCUCAAUCUCUCUAUUCAUGCGAGAGUUUAGUCAGCUUAAAUCUCUACUGCACGGCCUUGGAUCAUCCCGAAGAAUCAGUCUCGUUGCCUUGUGUCAAGAUCAUGCAUCUGGAGAUGGUCAAAUACGACGCUGACUCGACUCUGGAGACUCUGAUAUCAAGCUGUCCUGUUCUCGAAGAGUUAACCAUAAUCCGUGAUCCUAACGACUCUCUUGAAGCUGUAUGUGUUCGCUCCGGAUCGCUAAAGAGCUUCAGAAUAGAGGCUGAGCGUUAUGAAAGUGAAGAUCAGGUUGUUGCAAUCGAUGCUCCAAGGCUUGAGUGUAUGACUCUCAGCGAUCACCAAUCUGACAGCUUCGUGAUACACAGUAUCGGUCCUUGUGCGAAGGUAGACAUUGAUGUCAUCUUUAAUGUGGAAUAUUGUGAUUCAUUGGACCCUGGUGAUUCCUCCAAGAGAGCUAUGCUUGGGAAGUUUCUCGCAGGGUUAUCUACAGUCAGCGACAUGAUCAUCUCUGCUGAGACUCUAAGUAUUAUUCAUGAUUACUUGGAAAUGGAACCGCUACUACCUCAAUUCUCUAACCUGACUCGCUUGCAUGCUUACUUCAUGGAAACUUCCUGGGAAAUGUUGCCAACCUUUCUCGAGAGCUGCCCAAAUCUACACUAUGUCGUCCUGGAAUUUGACUGCCUUCCAGAGACAGAGCAAGUUGACCUUUCAUCUGUGCCACAAUGUUUUAUGUCAACGCUCGAGUUUGUUCACCUGAAGACACCAUAUGUGGUAAAGAUACAUGAGGAAGGGACACCGCUCACUGGAACUUCGAGUAAGAUGAAAUUAGCCAAGUAUUUUGUAGAGAAUGGUGCAACUCUCAAGAAACUGACACUAAGUAUGAGUUUCUGUAACAUCAUCAACGAAAUCAAGGCGAUACCAAGAAGCUCUACAAAGUGUCAAGUUGUCAUGGAAUAA